AUCCACACACACAUCAAGUGACACCACCAUUACUACUAUCUCCUGGAAAGACAAGAAUUUCAAAUAGUUUUGAAGGUUUAAGCAGAAAUGGGUUCUUUAAUGGCAGGUUGGGACUCACCUUCUAAAUCCGUGAAAUUGGAUAGGAACACGUCGAUGACGAAGGUAGAAAUUGCAAGUUAUUGGAGAUCGAAGAAAAACGAAGAGGAAGUACAUGGUGUUCUUAAAUCUUCUCACACGUUUUCAAAGGGAAAUCAGAAAAAUGAGACUGAAAAGAUGUAUGGAAGAUCAAAUUCCCUUCCAAUCACAAAGGAAAAUCCCGUUGCUGAAAUUGAAGAAGAAGACGAAGAAGGAAAUAGGGAGAAGCUUUUCAAGAAUGGAUGGUGGAUGAAUAGCAGAUGGGCGUUUUUGAAUGAACCACCUGUGAUUGCAUCUGAAACGCCAUCCAGAUAUGCUUCACAAUUCCAUGUUGCGAAAAAACACAUUGACAACUCCAACCAUCACGUUGCUGCUAAUGGCAUUAAAACUUAAGGGGAGUUCGUUGCGAAUUUUAGCGUUCCGUAACGGGUUUUUUGACAUGUGUCUAUGUAUGAUAUUUAAAAGUUCAGUGUCGUUUGGUUACCUAGUUGAUGAUCUAAACUAUAAGGACUCCGAUUGUAAAUACUUAAAACUUAUGUAAUUUUCCUUACCAAAUGUUAUCAUAUAUAAACACGUUUAUAUUUAUAGAGUAUAUUACAUUUUUGGUC